GCUCAUCUCACUACGCAUUAUCAGUGUUUUUUCGCUGUACGUUCACAGUCGCGGCCAUUUUGAGCGUCGAACAACAUUAUUAUUCGCGUGUGCUAGGUCGCCUUAGCGCGACUUGAAAGUUCAAAGUUGUGUAAGUAUUUUAAUACCGUUCUUCCGACAUUCCGGUUUGCCGGUAGCUCGCCGAGUUUUGCAGCGUUUGUGGUUAUUCCCAAAAAUCAUAAAAAAGCGUGAGAGUAGGAUACUCUCAAAUCGCUCUACAAUCACUUUCGUAUCAUUUUUAAAACCCCCCAACUUUCAUCAAAUCUCGUCCGUUGGCUGCGUAAAAUUGCCGUUUUUUAAAAUUCGUUCACGUGAUAAUGGCAUUAUACUGAAUAAGAUGUCGUCCAUCAAAUCAAUUGUUUACUCUCCAUCCGGAGAUCACUUCUCCUCAACAACCAUCAUCGAUGUCGGAAAAUCGUCAAAUGGAAAGAAAAUUAAAUAUGCCUGCGCCAAAAUCCGCGCAGGGCAGUAAAACAGACGGCAAAAAAUCCACAGAUGUUUCUAGUUCCAAGUUCACAAAUAAUCGUCGAAAUGGAAAGUCUUUUGCUGGCCAACCUCAAAAAGCUGAUACUAAUCGAGGGGCAUCAUUCAAAAAGACUAUUAGCAACUAUAAACAGCCACAACCUCGAGCUAGUUUGUUUUGUGGAAAGAAGGGUUCCGAGGUAAUAGAAUCAUUGCAAGACGUUGGGGAUGAUGAUAUUAUGUUGCCAACUGUACGGCACUGGAAUCAAACAAGAAUGUGGAAUUCACAAAACGGUCCAGGUUGUAGCUUUAGGAAAAAAGCACAACCUCCCAAAUUUAAUAUUAAACAUUUUUUGAUAGCCAAUUGCCAAUUUGUGGUAAAGGCAGGGAAAGACUAUGGAUAUUGGAUUUCUAAUCAAGAUGAAAUUGUAAAUUGGGAAUACAUUGAACAAAUUAAAAUGUUCUCUACUCAAGCCAUAAACUGCCCGAUAUGUAUGGACAUUCCUACGACACCGAAAAUGACCAGCUGUGGACACAUAUACUGCUGGCCAUGUAUUUUACGUUAUCUGGACAUCAAUAAAGAACUUGAUGUUGAUGGUUGUCCUAUUUGCCAUUCUAGAAUACUAAAAAAAGAACUUCAAAGCGUCGAACUGAUUAUAAAUGAAGAAUGCAGUGUUGGUCAAUCCAUUACACUACAACUAAUGAAACGGGCUAGAAAUUCAUUACAAGCUUAUCCUAUCGCUGAACUCGGACGCCAAAACAUUAAUUUACAGCCGACUGAUAACUCUCCAUUAUCAGUUUCAGAAUCAAAUUUCUCUACUGUGUUUUCUAGAAUUCUUGUUGCUAAUAAGAACGAAAUAUUAAAUGUUUUGAACAAAGAAAGGGAAGCUCUUGUAUCCCUUCUAGAUUAUUGGGAAACGGAAGAUGUGGAGAAAAAAUAUAUUUUUGAAGCACUCGAGUUGUUAUCUACAAGAGAAGAUAUUUUAAUGAACGACCAGCCUAUUUUGACCACGAAAGAAUUAGAAGACACGACUUUUGUGGAAUCUUUUCCUAGUACAAGUCUAGGAACAUCACCACUAUCAUGUGUGAAAAACUUAUUUGAUAUUUCUGGAUGCUCUUCUAACAUUCCUUGUGCUCAAAAUGAAAAGAUAAUAACAUCAAACUACACGGAAAAUAUUAACGACAAACUUAAAAGCGUUAAUUUUAAUGAAAUUAAUGAAACACCAAAUAAGUCUAUUAAAAAAGACUUCUAUUUUUAUCAAGCGGUCGAUGGUCAACAUAUCUAUUUGUCAGCUAUUAAUGUAGAAAUGCUGGAAAAAACGUACGGUAAUCUUGAAAACAGUCCACAGCUGUUGACAGCUAUUGUAAAAGAAAAGCAAUACUUAUCCAUGACUGAAGCGUUGAGAAAGCGCUAUAGGUUUUUGCUUCAUUUGCCAAUAACUACUGUGUUUGAAUGGGUUGAAAUUGACAUGACCAAUCUAGUGUCACCAGACAUUUUUGAAUUAUUCAAAAGUAAUUUAGAUGAAAGGACAGCUAUAAGAGAUAGACGUGCUCGAGAAGAACAGAGACUCGCUAAACGUAUUGAAGAGAGAAAUCAAAAAAAACAAAUUGCACCUCCAGAAUGGCAAAACAGAGACAUUUUUCCACAGUGUGGAUACGACCCAUUUGCAGAUGAAAGUAUGAUUCCGUUGAGCGAAUCAAUUGGCAUGACGUCGUCUUCUCCAGUAACAAACAGCUCUACUACUUCCCAUAAGUCUAAAGGAUCGGCCAACUUAUCAUUCGCGAAGGCUUUGCAGAAUGAAAAUAUUAGCAAUGUAAAACCAUCAUCAAGUGUCGCUAUAGCUACACAAUCUUCACAAUGGCCAUCAUUAGGAUCAACUGCCAACGCUACUUCAAUGAAUGAAGUAUUGGAAGAGGCUGUCGCUAAUAUGUCCGUUUAUGAAAAUGGAAGUCACAAGUCAAAAAAUAAGAAAAAAAAGCGUUGCAAGUAUGAACCAAUAUUAUAGAAUAAGUGUUUAAUUUAUGAAAAAAAAAAAAAUUGUUAUAUAAGUAUAACCAGAGAAUAUUUGACACAUUAUUUACUUUUUUUUCAUUUGUGUGAAUUUAGAAUUUAUAGUUUACAUAUUGUUGCUUAAGUUAUUAAUUAAAUAUUUACUGCAGUUUAAUGUUAUAAAACUAUGCAUAAUUUUGAUUCUUUUUGUUACAAAGUUUAAGCAUUUUCUUUAUUUAUUGGCUUGAUGCUGAAUCUUAUAUAGUUAUUUAUUAUUAAAAGUUCACAACUUA